AUGGCUACUUCCAAGCAGGACCAUGGACCUCGACUGUCGGACAAACCACCCGCGAGUUCCAAUGCAGACAUUGGAUAUGGCAGUGAUGCCAUUGCCGAACAGCUUGCACGACUGGAUAUGAAAUACAUGGCUCUUGUGCCGGGAUCUUCGUACCGUGGGCUCCAUGACAGUCUGGUGAAUUACAGAGGAAAUGCUGCGCCUGAGAUGCUGGUUUGCCUUCAUGAGGAGCACGCAGUUGCUAUCGCACACGGCUAUGCUAAAGUCACGGGCAAACCAAUGGCUGUUGGCCUACACGCGAACGUCGGCCUUAUGCAUGCCAUCAUGGCCAUCUAUAACGCAUUCACCGAUCGGGUACCGAUGUUGAUUCUUGGAGCGACUGGACCUCUCGACGCCACGAGACGACGUCCAUGGAUCGACUGGCUACACACAGCAACCGACCAAGCAGCCAUGAUUCGCGGUUUCAUCAAGUUCGACGACCAGCCGCACUCGCCCAACGCGGCAAUUGCGAGUCUCGUGCAAGCAACGGCGUAUACUUCGUCGAAGCCUUGUGCACCAGUCUACGUUUGCCUUGAUCUUGGUCUGCAGGAAGAUAAAGUCGACCCGAAGACCCUGCAAUUUCCGGACACAGCUCGAUAUCUGAAUGUUUCGCCUCCUGGACCUUCCCUCGACGAUACGAUACGAAUAGCUGAGGCUCUUCGAAGCUCGAAGCGACCUUUGUUCAUGUUCGGGAGGGUGAAUCAGUCGCAGAGCUCCUGGGACAAACGAGUCAAGCUGGCCGAAAGGCACGGUGCGAGAGUGAUCACAGACCUGAAGCAAGCUGCUGCUUUCCCAACAGAGCAUCGACUACAUGCAGCAGCACCAAGCAUCUUCAACCCACCAGAUACGUCUGAGAUCAUCCGUUCGGCAGACUUGAUCAUCUCCUGGGACUGGGUUGAUCUUGCAGGUGCUCUCAAAGCUGCCCAUGACCCUAAAGUGGAACCAUCGGCGAGAGUCAUCCACGUCUCCUUGGACUCCGCGUUACACAAUGGGUGGUCCAAAGAUCACUUUGGCCUUCCGCCGGCAGACCGUAUGGUCAGGGCGGAUCCUGAUGCUACUAUAAGCUCGAUUCUGAUGGCCGACGACAACACAGAGCAGAAACCAAGAGAUUGGCCUGAUUCACCAGCAGAUCCGAGUGCGGUGAUGAACGGAGUGCCAGGAGGAUCGGGAGGCGAAGACAUCUUCAUGUCUGACCUCGCACAUGCACUUUAUACCGUCGUACCAUCGGACAAGAUAUGUCUCGUCAGAGUACCUCUAGGCUGGAAAGGUGCUGAUUUACGAGCUCCAAACCCGUUGGCAUUCAUGGGAAUGGAUGGCGGUGCGGGAAUCGGGUCCGGACCUGGCCAAGUCGUGGGGACAGCAUUAGGGCUUCGAGAGAUCUCCUCUUCGUUACUACCGGUGGCUGUGAUCGGUGAUGGCGACUUCUGCAUGGGAUCAAGUGCACUAUGGACAGCAGCACGGUACCGCCUUCCUCUGCUGGCAAUCAUUGCCAACAAUGGCAGCUACUACAACGACGAAGUCCACCAAGAGCGAGUCGCAAAGCAUCGUGGGCGGCCGGUCGAGAACAAAUGGGUUGGCAUGAGGCUUGACGAUCCAGCUCCUGAUAUUCACAAGAUAGCAGAUGGGCUUGGGUGCACGAUCGUGUCGGACAAGCAGGUUGCAAAGGCCUCUGAGUUGCAGGGUGCGCUUGAGAAGGCUGUACAGGCGGUCAAGGAUGGCAAGACAGUGGUCUUGGACGUUCGGGUGCUGCCCGAAGGCUACUCGUCUGCGCUCGAGAAGGCGAAGUAA